CCAAGGUGCAUGGUGCGAUAAUCCCACAAUACAGGAGCAUGCUAGGCGCAAUGAUCACUACAGCGUAAGCACCGUCAGGUGCCACUUGUUUCGUCUUACUUAGUUAAAUCCUCCGAAGGACCCCGCCGCUCGCCCCUCAUGUUUCAAUUCCUCGUCGGAGCUGGCCUCGUGCUCAUCAUCGGGCUACUGAGCUUUGGCAUCAUGGGCUUCAGCUUCUCCAUGAGCAAUCGUUUUCCCGUAGAUGGGAAGACGGUCCUCCUUACCGGCUCAUCGCAGGGCAUGGGCAGUGAGGUUGCCUGUCUCCUUUCUGCCCGGGGAGCCAAUCUUAUACUGGUCGCACGCACGGCAAAAAACCUAGAAAUCGCUGUCCAACGCGCAAAGUCGUGCGCAAAGAACCCUUCCACCCAGCGCUUCACGUACAUUGCGGCCGACGUAACUUCCGAGUCUGAGAAUGCACGUAUCCUCAAGGAAGCAACAGUUUGGAAUAAUGGCCGCAUGCCCGAGGUUGUCUGGUGCAUUGCUGGAUCCUCAACUCCCGGGCUGUUCAUCGAAACGAGCACGGACACGCUGAGAAAACAGAUGGAGCUGAACUACUUCGCGACAGCAUAUAUGGCACAAAAGGCGCUGCAAGCUUGGCUGUAUCCCGAGGUGCCGUAUAGCCCACAGGGGAAAAACGCUACCCAGGAAGCACCACGGAAGUUCAUCAUGACAUCGUCCUCACUCGCCUUCAUAAACAUUGCAGGCUACUCGCCCUACUCCCCGACAAAGGCUGCCCUCCGCAACCUCGCUGAUGGGCUCCGUUCAGAGGUCCAAAUCUACAACUCAGCGCGCCAUUCCAAUGUCAACACAGGCAUCACACCUGCGCCGUUCGAUGUAGACAUUCAUAUUGUGUUCCCGGGUAGCAUACUAUCCCCAGGGUUUGAGAACGAGAACAAGACGAAGCAUGCCGUCAGCUUUGAGCUGGAGGCUGCCGAUCCCAAGCAAACCGAGCUACAGGCAGCAACCAGCUGCGUCAAAGGUCUAGAAAGCGGAAAUUUCAUGACACCGACAAAUUACCUGGUACACCUGAUGCGCUGGGGCAGCUUGUCUGGUAGUCAGAAGAACAACUGGGUCAUUGAUGCGAUAGGAGCGAUUGUAGCAGCGAUUGCUUGGUUGUUUAUAGCACCAGAUUUGAACAGGACAGUCAGGAGCUGGGGAAAGAAGAAUGGGAUGCCGGCAUAUCGGCCAAACGCGCAGUAAAACGCGUUUACUUGAAUGUUAUCUCACGACAACGCGAGCAUCACGAAUCUUAGUGUCGCAUGUCUUAUACCACUCACAGAAUACGAUCUAUGAUUAGCUGAUAUCCUAAUUUCCAUCGUAAUAUAUCGCCGUGUAACGUUAGACACUC